UGAGUCCUGCUGUCAUCUCUAUGCAUAAUAUGAAAUGUUUUCAACCCAGAGACAGCUGAGUGAGUGACUGUUGACAAGGAGUGACUACCUGAGUCAAGACAACAUUUAUAUCUUCCUGGUGGUUCAGAAACGAGUCUCUGUAGAACCACAAGCAAAGAAAGGAAACAUUCCGUCAUCUUCUUAAUUAAGUUGACUGUAUAAGAUACAUGACUUCCAGGAACAAAAACACAGAGAAGUAAUAAAUAUAUUAUUUUGACAUCAUUGGACAUCCAUCAUACUAAGGAACGUGCUCUGUGAAGCUUCCUGAGUAGAGAUUUGGAAACUUCCUUGGUGCUCAUUUAUACUUUGGACUAUAAGCAUGAGUGAAUUCUGGUUGUGUUUCAACUGCUGUAUUGCAGAACAGCCUCAGCCUAAAAGGCGUCGUCGGAUUGACCGAAGUAUGAUUGGAGAGCCAACAAACUUUGUACACACAGCUCAUGUUGGAUCAGGAGACCUGUUCAGUGGAAUGAAUUCAGUUAGCUCCAUUCAGAACCAAAUGCAGUCCAAAGGAGGCUACGGGGGUGGAAUGUCUGCUAGUGUGCAGAUGCAGCUUGUGGACACGAAGGCAGGAUAGCCCCAUCCCUUCUCCAUAACAAAAGAGAAGUGUGAUGGUGUCUUGUCCAUCCUGUUGUGACCCUCCAGUGAGACGUACUGUUCUGCCAAGAAGCUACUGUCGGACGAACCCUGCAUCUCCUUCAGCUGGCUGCAUGCCUUUCACUCCUGGACAGAGUUCUUAGAUUGUGGCUUAAAUUUUAAUUUGUAUCAACAUGGAUCUGACUUUAGCAUGAUCUUUUCUGUGAAUGCUAGCACUAUUUUGCAUUUUUUUAUUUUAAACAUUUCUCUUUCUACCUGCCUUAUGAUUUUAUUGGUAAGCAAGGACCUACUAUUAUGUCACCAUUUAUGUAUAUUUUGGAAGGUAUGAGACCCACAAGCACAAUGAUCAUUUUUCUUCACUUGAAAUGUCAGCAGACUAGACAUCUGCAUGCUUUAUGAGGCUGCUGUGUGGAGCCCGUGGGCUGGUGAUGCUGCUGCUAUUAGAGAAAGGUUAGUUGUGGUGCCAAGUCACACCCGUGUCACACAAAAAGGUAACUUGUAGCUUAUUAGAAAUACAACUUUUUGGUCUAUUUAGUGAGAAUUAUAGUACAAGGCAAGUUUGCAUUCAUAAGGCCUUCAUUCUGUUGUAAAUGUUCAGUGUAUUUAUUGAGAGCAAGGACCUCUGAGUGUAAGCAGGGCGGCCAUGCGUCUGCGUGUGUUGUUAACACCCUCCAUCCAGCUCUGAGCAGCAGCGGCUCGUUUCUCUGCACUCGUUCUGUCAUCCGUCGCUUGCUUUGAUUUUAUGUUUCAUGUUAUGGCGUCUGGUAGCAGUUUGUUGAACUUCUGGCCUCUCCUACUAACUGAAGACUCAGUGGCCUUUCCACACUCCACGUAUUUGGGGCAGUGGAAGUUGCCAGAGCAGCGUGCUGACCUGGCUGAAUCAUUGCCACUGAAAACCACCUGUCUGAUGACUUUAUGGAAUUGGUGAGAAAACCUUUGCUUUGGUUCCAAAUAUGUUUAUUCCACAAACUACUUCAGCUGUAUCUGUAAAUGCUUCUCCUUCCCCAUAAGGGUAUAACAUUUAGCCAGUGAGUGGUUUGCAUCUUUGUUAAAAUGUAAAUCCUGUGUCCAGUUCUAACUACAUGUGGUCAGAUUAACAUUUCAUGCAGUGAAUGGGGCUUCAUUGAAAGCUCAGAGCACUGAGGAAUUAGGCAACUGAAACAGUGGUCAUCUUCCCGUCUGGCUUUUUUAACCCCUUCCCCUUCACCGUAGUCCUCAGUCCUUGCGAAAAGGUAACUGAAUAAGUAUUAGGUUUGUGGAAGCAAAAUACGAAAGCGUUUCUUCCCAUUCCUCUGGAAUUUCGCUUAUGCAGUACUUGGGGCACCAGAUUACUCAGUCCUUGUGCUUCUAGUUUUGAGCCUUCGGAGGUGUCAGUCUCCAGCAGAGAGAGAAUCUGUCAAGGAAAAGCAUUUGUUUAAUAACUUCUAAACUAUAAUUCAUCUGGUGUCACUAAUGCAGUGUGUGGAUAUUGCAUCCUGGAAUCUACCAGAGCCUGCAGGGACACUGCCCUGUGCCAGCUCUUAAGACUAAGACGGACUGGCUUUCCUGAAAUCGUCAGCACUGGUGCCAUUUAGUCCACUUCUGCCUUGACUUUAGAAAUUAGUACACUUUUUAUACUUGUCCUGGAACAGUAGUACAGGGAGCCACAGCCCCUUUCCCUGACUCAUGAUUUGAGUUUCCAAUUGCUGUCUUUUCUGCUUCUCCAAGGACCAAAAUACUCCAUGUGCUAUGGAGCGAGUCUCCGUGGAAAGCCGCAGGCUGUGCAGCGCCACAGGGAGUGCCCACACUGUGUAUAAGGGCACAGGCUAAGGAAGGUGCCAGUGAAAUCACGAAUUACCACAAAUUCUAAGUUAGGAACCUGGAACACAAAUCCUUUAGGAAGGCUUGAAGGUAUUUGGGAGUGCGGAGGAGGCAGCUUCCCCACAUUCAUAGGUGGGAUUAUAAAUCUUGGGAGGUCAUUUGGUCCCCUUAGCAAUGGAUUGCAUUUUAAAAUUGAAGCUAAUUAAAUAGGAUAGACUGUUAAUACUGUUGAAAUACAUCCUCAUAACUGUUAUGCAAGGGAAACUGGGUGAAGGUUUAACUAAUGACAUGGAUUCUAUUAGCAGUGACCCGCAUUCUGUAAAACAGGUGCUUUCCCGUGAUCCAGGCACCAAGCAUAGAGUGGAAGUGUUAACUCUGGUGUCAGGAUCAGCAUUUCUGAUGCAGCAUUAUCCCUGGGCCUUUAAAGAUACUGAGAGUAUAUUAGCUUUCUCUUUGUUACUAAAUUAUAGCGGUUUCAUUAUAGCGAGCAAGUUUGCCUUGAUUUUGUUUAAAAUGACUUCUGCUCAGCACCCAAAAGAUAAAAUUGACAUAUUUUUAUAAUAUAAGCAUACUUUGUUUUGUACAUUGUGUUCAUUCUUGAAUAAAGUGAGUUCAGUGUUGGCUUGUAGAUAUUAAAAAGAAAGUAUUGAUUCAAUAAAUGUUUUCUUUCAA